AGAACAGCAACGACGACACACGACAACAGUUUUACUAACACAGGACGAGCCAAAGACAUUCGCUCAUGGCAUUGGCUUUUGCAAUCUUUUGCUGAUCAACAUUUAUCACCAACCUGACCCCACGGAUCAGGAACUAUGUCGGAGGAAAAGUACGAGGUUUUAGAGAAGAUAGGACAUGGCUCCUUCGGUAUUAUUAGAAAGGUGCGCAGGAAGCAAGAUGGUCAAGUCCUCUGUCGCAAAGAGAUCAACUACCUGCGCAUGUCCCAGAAAGAGAGAGAGCAGCUACACGCUGAAUUUGCGAUUCUUUCCUCGCUCCGACACGCAAACAUCGUCGGAUACUACCACCGAGAACAUCUCAAAUCCUCUCAAGACCUUCAUCUAUAUAUGGAAUAUUGUGGCAAUGGGGAUCUUGGACGUGUCAUCAAGGAUCUCCAAGUCAAGAAUCAAUAUGCAGAAGAAGGUUUUGUGUGGAGCAUGUUCUCUCAACUGGUCACUGCGCUGUACAGAUGUCACUAUGGCAUCGACCCCCCGGAAGUUGGCGCCAAUGUUAUGGGUUUGGGCAAUUCAGCGAAGCCUAAAGCACCAGCAGGUGGUGUCAUGAUCCUGCAUCGAGACUUGAAGCCCGAGAAUGUCUUUCUUGAUGAAGAUAACUCAGUCAAACUUGGAGACUUUGGUCUAUCCAAGAUCAUGCAAUCCCACGAUUUCGCAUCCACCUACGUCGGCACCCCCUUUUAUAUGUCUCCAGAAAUAUGUGCCGGAGAGCGGUAUACUUUGAAGUCCGACAUAUGGUCGUUGGGGUGUAUUAUCUACGAGCUAUGCUCACGAGAACCACCUUUCAAUGCGAAGACACAUUUCGGGCUAGUCCAAAAAAUCAAGGAAGGCAAGAUUGGGGCUUUGCCGACCGUGUAUUCACCAGAGCUUAAUGCUGUCGUAAAGGACUGCCUCAAAGUGAAUCCUGAUCGACGACCAGAUACUGCUACACUUCUCAAUCUUCCUGUUGUGAAGUUGAUGCGAAAGGAGAAAGAGGUGGUGGAGCUUGGGAGAAUAGUGAAGAAUAAGGAGGCGCUUACCAGCAAGCGAUUGCAAGAAGCUGAAGAGAGAAUAAUAAAUCUGGAGGCGGAAAAGCUUCAGAUGCGACAGGAGAUUGAGUCACAACUCCGACGCGAAUGGGAAGUCAAGGCUCAAUUGGAGAUCAAUCGCCUUGUUCAAGUUGAGAUUGAAAGACUUCAGAAGAAGUUCGAUCAUGAAGUGAAGGAGAAGGUUGAUGUCGAAGUUCAGAAGCGAGCCAGCACACAAAGUCAUUCUUCUGCGAAGGAAUUUUCUGGUUCGGGGUCAAUGAUCAUGAACGAUAUCCCAUUGACGUCAAUCAGCACGAAUGGGGAUGAUGACUUCCCUUCUUCAACUGAUCUAACAAGUCUUUCCCUUGAUUCGCCAGAGCCUACAAAAGCCCUCAAGAAAAGCACUCGAACUCCAUUCGGUCGAGCGCAAACCAUGUUUGCUGGCACACCAAUGGACAUCGAGAUGGCCGAACCAUCACCGAUAUCAAUUGCUUCUCUUUCGCUAUCACCCCGCCGAAAUGGUGCCACCAAGGCUCCUAGCACGGGCCGCAAUAUCUUCGCUGCAGCAGCGGGCGCAGCAGCAGAAGCUCGCUGGCAACCAACGCUCAUGAACUCGGACGAUUCAGACGACGACGACCUACCUCCAGUGCCAUCGCCAACUCGACAGAAGUCUUCGAAGAACCCAUUCAAGUCAAAUGGAGUCCGACCACCACUAAUUUCGCAGAAAACGGCACCAGUUCAUAAGCAACCAUCACAACCAGCUUUGUUUACAGCUGCUAAAGCAAACACGGCACCGACGCUACCCACGCUGUCAAGUGCCCCUGACUUGCGACCGCAAACGAGUAAUGCGGCACUGAAGGAACGCAGCUCGUCGCCCAAUAGACGUCUGUCCAAAAUCCCAUCAUCCACGAAUCUCAUAUCGCACGAGAAUGUACCCCUCUCGCCGACACGGAAAACUAGCCUCACCAAAGGCAAGAAUGUUAAUGGUUCAGAAGACCUCAACAAACUGGCUACCAAGAAUAAUAUGGCCAUCAAGGCCACUAACGCAAACAAUCUUGCUCCCAAAGGGCGGACGCUUGUCGAACUUGCACAAGCUAGAGCCGGGGGACGACCGAUCGAAGUUGAUGGAAACAGGAGUCCAGAACCAAAGGGCCGAGCAUUCGCUGCGAGAAUGGCUGAGAAAGCAGCAGCAGAUAGAGGCGAGCCACCAGUAUGGGACCCUGAAAGGGACGAAAUGCCAAGUCCAUUCCUGGUGAGAAGUCGAGCACCGUUGAGACGGUAAACGAGACAUAAUGCGAGCUACGCAAAACGAGAAAAGGUACCACGAUAGAUUGGGAAAGGGAAGGAAAGGCAUGAGCACAUGGGAGGUAGAAGCAUUCGACAUUACCUGCAGCGAGUAGGAUUUUCUUUUGUUAGCAUUGCAUGGAGUGGUCUGUGUGGGUUUUGUCUUAAGUCACGCAUGAGCGGAGCAAAGCAAAGGAAGCCAUGGUUUUCGGUGAUGGUGCUUCUUCUCUUUUUGAGAGGAGUAGUGGCGUGUUGGUGUAUGGCGUUGAGAUUGGAUCUUAAUGGAUAGGAUAAGUGUCCAUGUAGUGUUGCCUGUCUGGUACGUUGGAGACAGGGUAGUGAUAGCUGAAGGUUGGAGUAGAGAUGAAUGAGAG